AAGUAGAAUUCAGUUUGUGCCAAGACGCCUUAGAGUAAACAUUCACGAGCAAUUCCUACUCCAAAUCAAAUGUGUGGUGCGAUUCUUCUAUCGAAUAAAGUAGUUCCUGUCUUCAAUUAAAUUCAAGACUUAACUUGGACUAGUUAAUCUAGAUAGUACCUAUAAAGAUAAUCGAGACCUCUGGCUCCGGGCGUUUUGUAUACAAAGUGAUCUAUCUAUUAAUUGUCUUUUCGGUGCACGUGAUUCAUAUGGGCUUUGAUCGAAAAUUUUGAAAUGAAUUCCCAAAUAUUUUUAAAUAGUUCGAAUGUUGAAGGUCCGGUUUCGGCAGUGGCAAUAGCUGCAGCGAGUGAAAGUUUAUGGUCAUCUACUGCGUCGUCCUCCUUGGAGCACGUAGUCGCCUCGACGACAAUGCGUGCUCUUGUGCAGCGACGGUUUUCAAAAUCCGCCUUUGGAAUGGUCAUAGUGUUUUUGUUUUUCAUCCUUGGAGUAAUGGGUAAUUUUCUGGCAUUGGUGAUUCUAGCCCGGAAAAGGACUUCAAAAAACAGCAAAUACACACUUAUGUUAAGGUGCUUAGCUACCAAUAAUCUCAUCGGUCUUAUGGGCAUGCUAACACAGUUAAUCUUAAAGCUCUACCUUCCCGACCAGAUACUUGCUGAUUUAGUUCGUGUCCGCUGCAUAGGAUUGGUCGUUUGGCGAUUUUUCGGAUUAAGCUCCGGAUGCAUUGCGGCAGUUAUGGCACUCGAAAGGUGGAUGGCUUUGGCUAAACCAUUUAUUUACCACAAGCAUAUAACAUAUCAUGUUGUCCGAAAAACGAUACAUGUGUUGAUAGCAGUAGCCACGGUUAUAACAUUCCUACCAUUUGUGGGCUUUGGAGUUUACUUCAAUGAAAAGACACGUCAAUGCCAACGCUAUCGAGAGGCUGAGACGCUCUGGGAUAAGUCUUAUGCAGUUUUGUUUAUGGCUUUCGGGUCAUUGCUGUGCGUUGUGAUUGUGGCAUGUAACUUAUUUGUGACACGAGUUCUCUGUUUUAUUGGUCGUAGUAAGACACACUGCCAUACACGCAACUACAAAACCGUUAAUCAAGAAAAGGAUGCCGAUGUCAGUUCGGCACUUUAUCACUCCAAUAAUGUGGCCAAUGCUACUACAUCACCGGACGAGAUCAAAUUUGCCAAACUUAUGACAUUCCUGAGUAUAUCCUUUGUCAUUUGUUGGAUGCCUCAAAUGGUUUCUAUCGUAUUUGCACUCAAGGCAAAUCCAUUGCCAAAGGAUCACUGGUUUUUUGGCUUAGCCGACAUUCUUAUGGCAUUGCAUUUUACAUCAGAUCCAUAUGUCUAUGUUCUGAGCAGAACAAAACAGCCAGUUAUCAUGAGCUACGUUAAGCGUUGGCGGUGUGGUCUUAGGCGAUCGUUAAGCGAUCAAAGUCGAUUACGAACCGUUGACCAUACCACAGAGUAUAAUGUGUAGUUUAGCAUUUGCAUCCAGUUGUAUGUCAGUUGUAUGAAAUACAUUCGGUUAAUUAAACUUUUUCUUAAUUUGUACUCUUAACUUUUUCUUUAACAUUUCUUGGAAAUAUUAAUAAGAAAAAAGGAUAUAAUGUAUAUGUAUAGACUUUAAGCUUAUAAGAUUAUAUCAAAAACAAAUUAACUUAAAUGAGAUUUGAAGGAUAAAAAAAAACUAUUUUUGUGACUGCUCUUUUAAAUAUAUAAUAAUUUUAUGAUAUUAAAGCAAAUAAAGAUAUAUAUAUUUGUAAA